AUGAUAUGGAAGGACUUUAGUAUCAGUUGUUUAAAAAUUCGUGGACCAUACAAGAACAAAUAUGGAAAAGAUUUAAUAGAUGAACUAAAAAAGGAAUUAUCUGGUGAUUUCGAAGAUGUCAUCAUGGGCUUGAUGGAGACACCAACCAAAUAUGAUGCUACACAAUUACAGAAAGCAAUGAAAGGUUUGGGUACUACGGAAACCACACUGAUUGAUAUUUUGUGCUCUCGAAAUUUCGAUGAAUUGACAGCAAUCAAAAAUGAAUACAUGGAUGAGUAUGGGAAAUCACUAGAAAGUGAUAUUGUGGGUGAUACCAGUGGUGACUUCAAGGAAUUGCUGCUUGCAUUGCUUAAUACACGUCGUGACCCAUCGCAUAAUGUUAAUUAUCUAAAAGCUCGAGAACAGUUACUCAUUACUACACUAAUUUAA